AUGGCGAAAGACUAUCUUGCCUUGAUUGAUCCAACUGGUAACCCUGUUCCGAUUGCGCGUGAAGGGACACUGGUGUAUUUGACACCGACUGUCAUUCCCUAUGCCGUGGCAGAUGCGGCCAGAAUGGCAGCGAGUUGUCUACCUGAAGUAAUGACCGGGAUUGAGAAUCAACUUGGAUCGGUUGAACUGCGUGGCGUGUCGGAUAUGCAUGAUGGCUCGAUUGACCACUUGUUCCAGAUUGGUGCUCUGAUUGCAGCAGCACAAGGAAUGAAGAUGAAUGAAGGAUACCGAUGGGACAUGUGGGAAGUGAAUGAAUCUGAGUUGAAACUGAUUCGACAUGUUCGAGUGUGGCGUCAUGAAAUGUUGGAUCCAAGGAUCAAACUGGCGAAUAAAUCGCCGGCGCCGAUCACUGGUCAAUGGUCCCGAUUGACUGGAGAGAGAGUGACUUACAAGACGUACAAGGACGGAUCGACUGUCACUGUCAGGGAUGAGAAUCUCCUGACAAUGAGGAAUACAAGGCCCAAAGAGCCAAAAGAAUGGCGUGGACGAGUUGAGUUCGGAUUGAAGCACAAGCCGCAACUGAGACAUGUGCAGAAGACUGCACCACGUCCCUACGAUCCUUCGAUUGGACGUGAUAAGUCGAAAGUCGUGAAUGCGGAAGUUGUCGAAUCUGGAAAACCGACUGACGUGAGUAGUCCGCGAAUGGAUGUUGAACCGGAGAUCAUUGAUCGACAGGUGAGAGUGAGUCGAAAUGUUGAGGAACAUGAGUUGGAGAAUGCUUUGAGAUCAUUGAUCCAGAGACUGCAGCACCCCGGACUUCCGACCGGUGGACGGCUGAGUGGUUACCUGUUUGGUGAUCGCUAUACAAUGUUCUUCGACUCGAAUGACCCGUCGAUGAUUGAUACUGAGACUGGGCACCAGAAUGAUUGGGCAGACAUUGAACUGCCUGAUGGCACUGUCAAGAGGUGCGAUGAACCUCGUGCAUCUACUGGUCACAAGUGGAUUGGACACACACUGUUCGUUCCUCUUGAUCGACCGAAGGCAGGUGAGAAUGAGCAGGAGACUGAAGACAAGAACGCGGUGAAGCCAAAAGGAGUGAAGACUCCGAAUGAGCCCUCGGAGAAUGAACGGAGAUUGCAUGAAUUGACGCAUCUCCCCUAUCGCGACUGGUGCGAGCACUGUGUGCGAUCGAAAGGGAGACAGAACCAUGCAGUGAAGAAGAACGAUAGACAGCCUGUUAUUCAGAUUGAUUUCUCCUUUCUGUCGACGGAUGUGCAGACUGGCUAUGCAAUGGCUAUUGUGCUUCCUGCGAAAGGGAGUGUGGAAAAAUAUGCCGUUGCGGAACUGCGGUGUUCGAGAUUGGUCGUCCAUUUGGGAUCAUCCAAUAUGACAAGGAGAAUUCACUGA